AUGCGCACCUUCGCCCUCCUGCUGGUCCUCAGCCUCGCACUGGGGAGCUCUCCUGCCGUCCACGCCGCCCGCCCCAAGUUCCUGCAGCCCGAGUUCUAUGGGUCUAUUGCUCGCCAGCUCAUUACGCAGCUGGAGGUCGACUACGGCCUGACCCCGGAGCAGGCGGAGGUCGUGCAGGCCCUGUACGGCGAUGUCACCGCCCCUGAGGCCGAGGAAGCCAUUCAGGGCGACUUCGCCUCCGGUGCCCUGGAUCUGACCAAGAGCGAAGCUACCGAGGCCGCGCCCGCCCAGGAGUCGCUCAACGUCCUCAACUCCCUCCUCUUCGCCAAGGCUGGUGAUGGCGACGUGCCAGCCGUGGAGGACCUCCUGGAUGUCCAGGCCGACCCCAACGCGGCGGCCGACGGCCAGACCCCGCUCCUCGCCGCCCUCGUCCUGGGCAACACCGGGCUGGCCGGGGUGCUCAUCUCCCGCGGCGCCGACACCAACCGCCCCGGCCCCGACGGCAAGACCCCCCUCCUGGUCGCCAUCGCCAACUCCUCGGUCGCCUCGGCCGAGGAGCUCCUGGACAACGGCGCGGACGCCAACCUGGCCGACAGCGAGGGCGUGACCCCGCUCCUGGCGGCGCUGGAGGGCGGCGAAGCCGACAUCGUGCGCUCCCUGAUCGACCACGGCGCGGACGUGAACCUGGCGGGCCCCGAGGGCGUGUCCCCCUUCCAGUGGGUCCUGUCCCAGGACCCCAUCGACGCCGCCUGGGUGUCGGAGUUCAUCAGCGCCGGGGCUGACGUCAAUGCCCCCACCGCCGAGGGCGCCCACCCCCUGGACCUGGCAGGUGACAACGCCGACGUGACCGCGACCCUCAUCUUCGCCGGCGCCAUCCCGCCCCCGGAGGUCGAGGCGCGCUAG